AAAAGAAAUCUGUUAAACAAUUGGAAUAAAUUUGAAAUGUCUAAAUAUUAAAAAAUAAUAUUCUUCGAAAAACCUCACCGGCACAGCUCGGACUGAGCCAGCUGGGCGGGGUUUCAAAUAUAGAAUUCACCUAUCAAACAAAUACACAACAUAUUUCUAAUACAUCUGCUUCAGAAACAAAUACAGCAUGUCUUUUCACAUGAAACUUGACUUUUGGAAUAAUCUUUCCACCAAAAACUGCAUGGACUUUCUCAUAAUGUCCUGAGUUUAUUUCUUCCUCCAGGCCAGCAGGUGGCGCUGUGCACAAUUGUAGCCCACGUACUUCCGGUUUCCCCAGUGACGUCAUACGGUGGUCAUAUGUGUUUCCGGUUCAGAGCUGGCUGUCCUGCUGGCUGAGAGCAGCUGAUAGAAACCUAAACUAGCAAACAGCGAGCUGUAAACACCAACAUGAAGCGAACUUAUAACGUAAAGAGCGUCCACCGGUACCAGCGGAUGGGAAACGGGUCACACGAGCACUGUUGUGUUCCGCUGUGCUCCAACUCCAGCCGGUACAACUCCGUGUUGAGCUUCCACCGGUUCCCCAAAGACCCAGAACUCCGUCUGAAGUGGUUGGACAGAAUCCGGCGUGAUUGUUUAACGGCGACGAGUCACAUUAAGGUGUGCAGCAGACACUUCAGUAGAGAUAAACUCAUCGUUACGUCUCAGGGAAGACGGACGUUAAAGUUCGGCGCCGUUCCGGCUUUGUUUCACUGGAACAACUACGCGGAGUCAGAGACCCGGUUCGGGGUUUGGGAGCUCCCGGUACGACCCAGAACACCGCCAGCAGUCCAGUCCGACACCACCGGCCCGGACCCGGAGGAGCCUGCAGACACCGUCCAGCCGACCCAGCACACGGAGGAGGACGUGGUGCCGGUCGUUGUGGACCACGAGUACUGUUUCUCCAGUAAGAGCGUCGUAGUGGACCGGGUUCACUACGACGGGAUGCUGCGGGAGAUUGAAGCGUUGGACCCGGGACAAUCCCGUUUACAAGACCCGUGUGGGCUGCAGCGGUUCGCUGGAUCACCAGAAGAUAUUUUAUUUUACACCAGGUUCCCCUCCUACGAUCAUCUGAUGGCGUUCUGGACUCUGAUGGAACCAGCGACAUCCAGGAUGGUCCGGACCACAAGGUCCAAAGGAUCGUCUGCUAAGAGAGAGGAGGCUUUCAGCAGACACACACAGAAACUGGCCCCCAUAGAUGAGUUCUUCCUGUUUCUAAACUUCCUGUCGACUGGCUGCACCCAGAGGGAGCUCGGCCACCGUUUUAAUAUCCAAACCACAACGGUCAGCAGAAUCAUCAUAACGUGGGCCGACUUCCUCUACCGCCUGCUGGGAUCGGUGUGCACCUGGUUGACACCUGAACAGAUCAGAGCUCAUCUUCCUCCUGAGUUCAGGGAGUACGCAGACACCCAGGUGAUCAUUGACUGCACAGAGCUGCGCUGCCAAGCGCCGUCCUCCCCGCUACAUCAGAAUGACGUUUUCUCUUUAUAUAAGUCCCACUGCACCUUUAAGGCCAUGGUGGGCAUGGCUCCACACGGGGCUCUAACGUUUGUGUCAGCACUCUACGACAGCUCUGUGAGUGAUAAAGAGAUGUUCAGACAAUCAGGCAUCGUACCUCUGCUGUCCCCUAACAGGGCUGUGAUGGUUGAUAAAGACUUCCUGGUGGAUGACCUCGUCCCUGGAAAAGUUCACCGGCCCGCCUUCCUGUCUAAAGGAAACCAAACGUCAGCACAUGAUGGUCUCGAGACACGUUUGAGAGUCCAUGUGGAGAGGUUAACGAGGAGGGUGAAGGAAAACAAACUGUUUGAUACUGAAAUCCCCUCCUCCAUCUCAGGGAGCAUCACUCAGUUAUUCACCGUGGCGUGUCUCCUCUCCAACUACCAGAAUGCACCUCCGCUCAAGAAGUGACGAGUAGAAGUCUGAGGAUGCAGUUUGCCAUAACACACUGUUCAGUUGAAAGAGGGCUGGGCGACAUGGAAGAUAUCAAAUAUCACAAUAUUUUUUACCAAAUACCUUUAACGAUGUUGCGACGAUGUUGUAGGAUUUACACAAUGAGAUUAUGUAAGGGAUAAUGUACAGCGAGCCGGUCAUUGUUGUGAAAUAAACCCAGACAGGGCGAUGCGA